UUGGAUACAACCACAGCAAUUGAAGCCACAACUCAAUUAGAUACAACCACAACAAGUGAGGCCACAACUCAAUUGGAUAUAGCGACAACAAUUGAAGCCACACCUCAAUUAGAUACAACCACAACAAAUGAGGCCACAACUCCAUUCGAUACAACCACAACAAGUGAGGCCACAACUCCAUUGGAUACAACCACAACAAUUGAAGCCACAACUCAAUUGGAUACACCCACAACAAUUGAAGCCACAACUCGAUUGGAUACAACCACAACAAUUGAAGCCACAACUCAAUUAGAUACAACCACAACAAAUGAGGCCACAACUCCAUUGGAUACAACCACAACAAUUGAAGCCACAACUCAAUUAGAUACAACCACAACAAUUGAAGCCACAACUCAAUUGGAUACACCCACAACAAUUGAAGCCACAACUCGAUUAGAUACAACCACAACAAGUGAGGCCACAACUCAAUUGGAUAUAACCACAACAAUUGAAGCCACAACUCGAUUAGAUACAACCACAACAAAUGAGGCCACAACUCCAUUGGAUAAAACCACAACAAAUGAGGCCACAAACGCAUUAGAUACAACCACAACAAUUGUGGCGACAUCUUCAUCUGGAGCAACCACAACAAGUAAAACCACGAGUGACACAACUAAUGCUAAUGCUGAAGACAAUGCUACUAAUGGUAAUAGUAACAGCAAUGGAGGCGCACAAAAUGACAUUAACAGUAAUGUUGAUAACAGUAGCAACAAUGACAAAACCAAUCAGCUCAACAAUGCGAAUUCUAACUCCCAAGCAGCAAUGUGUACGAGUGAUCAGUACCUCUGUAAAGAUGGCGCUGCGUGUAUAGUGUCCACGGCACAGUGUGAUGGCAUAGAACAAUGCCCGGGUGGCGAUGAUGAAAUAAACUGUGAAGCAGGUUCACCAAUGAGUCCCCUCGCUAUAGGAUUGUCAUCAUUUGGUGCAUUGGCAAUAUUAGCUGGAAUUGUUGCAUGCAUCGUGGACAGAAUAAAGAAACGUAAAAAGAAAAGCGUAGAUAUAACAACUGACAAGGGAUCUCAACGUUGGGCCGAAAGUAGACCUCCAAGCAGAACUAAGAGUCCCGUCUCAGCAAAAAGCGUAGAAGCCAUCAUUUCAGACAUUUGAUUAAGUCAUUUGUACUUAAUUUUAAGCCCCUCGAAAACAUCGGUCCAGACAGAUAUUUUAAAUAUCUAUGUAAAUACUAUAGGCUUUCAGACAUCUGAGCAAUUUGCUCAGUUUAAGGACAAUCUUGCUCAGUUUGAGUCGUGUUCAGUUCAAAGGACAGUUUCUCCAGUUUAAUUACAGGUCGGUUUUUCUCAGUAAAUUGAAGGACAGUUUUAUAAUUUUCAUAAUAUUUCUAACUAUUUCGUAUAUAUAAAAUAGUUUUUCGCUUUCGUAUCUAUAGAAUGUUUUUUUACUUUCGAAUAUAUGAAAUGAGUUAUUAACCUAAAAUCUAUUUUUGAUAAAAAUUGACACACC